AUGGAAAAGAUUCAGAGGAGGGAUGGGCUGGAGGAGAUACCGAAGCCUUGUGACUAUUUUGAUAUGAUUGCUGGGACGAGUACAGGCGGGCUUAUCGCAGUCAUGUUGGGGAGACUAAGGAUGUCUACUACUGAGGCCUUGAAGGCAUACGACGAUUUGUCGGACAAGUACAAGUCCACUGCACUGAAGGAAGCUGUUCAGAAGUUGGUCAAGGAGAGGGGAAUGGGGGAGAUAAUGAGGGACCCGAAAAAUCCCAAGAAGGGAAGUGAGAUCAGGAUCUGGGAGGCUUGCCGAGCGACGACUGCUGCUUCGAAAUAUUUCAAGCCGCAGGAGCUGGGUGCAGGUGUACGCAAGGGGUUAUUCAUUGACGCGGCAGUUGGCUUCAACAAUCCGGCAAAUUACCUUUUGAAGGAGGCGCUGGAUGAGUUUGGAUCUCGCCGCCGCUUUAGAUGUUUGAUCAGUAUUGGUACGGGUACGAAAUCGAUUGAGACUGUGAGGGUGAAGACUGGAUUCAAGAACUACACGAAGGCCUGGGGGCAGCUUCAAGGUCUUAUUGGGAUGGUCAAGAAUGUGGCUACCGACGCGGAGACGUCACAUAAGCAGAUUCAUGACAGGUUUUCACGCUUUCCUGGGUCGUAUCAUCGGUUCAAUGUACCGGAUGGUGCCAAGGAGGUUGAGCUGGAUGAAUAUAAGAAGAUUCCGCAGCUCAAGGCCUUGACUAGGGAUUACCUCGGUGGGGAUAACUCUCCGGACAGUGACCAGCUAUUUCUCUCAGACAGAUCCAAGGCGAUGGGAAUACCGAGCAGCUUCUUCAUAGGGAGACAAGAUGUGCUGAACAAAAUCGAUCAAGUGUUUUGCGAGCGCGACACAGGAGGAGUUCCAAGGAGGGAAUUUCUUCUGUGGGGGAUAGGAGGCGUUGGGAAAAGUGAAGUUGCCCUCAAGGCGGCAGAGAACCUGGAUGGAGGGUGGGCACAGUUCCAUCACUUUAUGUCCCUGGGCCGGUUACUGACAAAACCAAGAUUGAAAUAUAUCUUUUACGUCGAUGGGUCAGAAAGAUCUACGAUUAUUCAUUCGUACGCCGAGAUUUCUAAACGAUACAACCUGGGCGGUACCAAUCCAGAAACAAUGUUCCACAUGGCACUGGAAUGGACGGGGCGCUUGGCAGACGAAUGGCUCUUGAUUUUUGACGACUGCAACUUGAGUGAGCGCGCCGGUUUCAUACCGGGCAGAGGAAAGGGCAACAUCAUCUACACAUCACGCUUCAAUGGCCUUGAGCACAACUUCCCGGCACACCUUGUCUACCACGUUGAACCUCUGGCCGAGAGGGACGCCGUUGAACUUCUUUUGGGAGCUUCUGGUCUCUUGGAUGUGACAUCUGAUUCAGACAAGGCUGGCCCUACGGUCCCGACACGACGAGCUCCAACAGGCGAGGAAACAGCUCUGGCAAAUGAAAUUGUUCAUGAGCUUAGCUGCAUGCCUGUCUGCGUCGACAAAGCGGCUGCAGCUAUCAGAGAGAGAGGAAUGGAACUGGAUGUAUAUCUCAAGGAGUUGCGUACACAAAAGGUUCGAGUCGCUACAGACCCCCGCUUCAAGGACACAAGUGUUGAGACUCAAGCAGCGUACGCAACUCUAGAGCUAUCCUACGACCAGAUCACAGCCAUCCGUCAUCGUGCCGGGAGAAGUGAAGAAGGACGCGCGGCACUCUUCGCCAUGAAGGUCUUGAGCUUGUUGUCGUGCUAUCACUAUCAAGGAUUUUCAACGGAAAUUCUAACGAGGGCGGUGUUGAAUCGGCGGAGUUGCAAUGCCGACCUUUCUUACCCCUUGAAGCGCAUUUUUCAAACCCCAGACAAAGGUUGGGAUGAUAUGAUGCAAGAGGACGGAGAAGGGGGCUGGGAGGUUCUGUUCUUUGCUCACGGGCUUCAAGUCUUGCGACGUUACUCCUUGGUCAGGCUGGCUCCUGACCGCCUCACCCUGUCCAUGCAUACCCUGGUUCAUACUUGGGCUCAGCAAAGGAUGGAUCCAGAAGCUCGUGCUGAGGUUUGCUGGCUGGCAGGGGUUUUGCUCAGCGAUGCAAUGACACCAUGCUUGAUUUUGAAGAACCGGAGGUAUGCUAUCGGUAUGGCACCUCACAUCGACUGUUGUUUCGCCAUCGUACCAAAGACCCGGGAUACUAUCCAGGAACACGAUAAUGCCCGUGUCCUUGGUCUCAAGCGCGGCGAUGUGGUAGUUGGCCCUAAAAACAUAACGUACCCAGUGGACGAGUACUACAAUGCCCAUCUUUUGUUCAGACUCGGGUGGUUUUACAGUGCUGUACAGCAGUUCAAACAGGCUGAAUAUUGCUGGAAGACCUGCCUUCGGCUUUUCAAGUAUCAGGAGGAUCCGUUUGGAUGGGGUGCUAUAAAUACACUGACGCACCUGGCUACACUUUACCACGAGCAUGGGUUUCUCGGCGAGGCAGAAGCGAUGCAUUGGGAGGCCAUCGGCAGACUGGAGGCCAGAAAGCGAGAACGAGAACAGUACCUUCUGAAGGAACUAGAAAAGCGGGAGUUCGAAGAGAAGGCCAGUGUUUCAGCACCGCAACGAGGGAGAUUGCUGAAGACGGCCCUCGAGAAGACUACCCCGCAGCUUUUUUCCGCCCUUUCUUCUAAGGAGAUGGAAGCCAGAAUAUUCCAGACGUUCACUGCAACUGUCGUCAACCCUCUCGCUCGCCACAGGCCCGCAACCAACAGACGAAGUCCCAUCGGAGCAGAGGUGGAAGUUCACGAGUCUACCGACACUGCUGAAGAUGCUGUGGCCACUGUCAGAAAGAAAAAACGCGCUGAAGAGACGGACUCUCUUGAUGAUCUCGAGGCUGAAAUUCUCCUCAGGCACGGAAGGCUAGCAAGGGUACUGAAAGACCAAGGCAGAAACAAGAAUGCAAAGAACUUGAUGAACUGGGUCGUCCAGAAAUGCCAAGAGGAACUGGUCGAGGAUUCCCCCGAGCUUCUGAGACUUCAGAAUGAGGCGAAGGCGAUGACUGAGCCAAAGGACAUGGACUGGUUCAAGAGACACGUGGACAUGAUGAACGAAUCCGACACCAACCAAAGCCUCGCCUUCUUCCAAACUGACGCGAUUUACGAGCUGUUCGAUCAUUGGUGCUGGUCGAUGUACCUCGCCGGCCGGUAUUCUAUGGCGAUCGAUAUGUACAAGAAAUUCAUCCCUAGGGCCGUGGAUGUGUAUGGAUAUCAUAACCCGAAAGUCCUGAAGAUGAUGCGGCAAAUGGCGGAGGCGGCCUGGUCUGCCGACAGGCUGGAUGAUGCCGUGUUCAUUGCUGAGUAA